GCCUUCAGUGCCCGGACCGCUGCAGCCCGAGCCCGGGGAGGGCAGCGCGCCGGGACACCGAGGAGGAGGCGGCCACCGCCUCUCCCCACCAGGCGGCCCCGGGUCCCACUCUUCACCCCGAGGGCACCCCUAGUCCGCGAGCGCCCACCCCUCGCCUCCCCCACCCCACCCCACCUCCUGCAGAGUUCGUCCCAUCCCUGUCGCCUUUACCUUCCCGUCCUUCCCGGGGCUCGGGACCGCCGCCCUCUUCACUCUGGGACCGGCCCUUCCCUUCUCGGCGCUCCUCCUCCCCAGGGAGAUGCGAUGAGCCAGUGCCCUCGCGUCCUCAUCGCCGGCCCGGGCACGGUACCGGUCCGGUGCCCGUGCUGGGGAGGGUGCAUCUCACGGGCCCUUCGUGACGCCCCUCCCUUGGGCCUCCCCCCAGCUGGAGUCCCCGGGCGAUGCCCCAGGGGACCCAGCCAGGGGGUGGGCAGUAGAGAGAGGAGGCUGGACAGGAGACAGGACGGGGCCUUGGGCGCCUCUGAGAUGCUCCCAAGUGCCAGGGGGGGCCGAGCAAGGCGCAGGCGACCCAACAGCAGGCAUGAUGCCCUCGCCAAGUGACUCCAGCCGCUCGCUGACCAGCCGGCCUAGCACCCGGGGCCUUACCCACCUCCGCCUCCACCGACCCUGGCUGCAGGCGCUGCUCACGCUGGGGUUGGCCCAGGUGCUGCUGGGCAUCCUGGUGGUCACCUUCAGCAUGGUGGCCUCCUCUGUCACCACCACUGAGAGCAUCAAGAGGUCCUGCCCGUCCUGGGCUGGGUUCUCGCUGGCGUUCUCUGGGGUGGUUGGCAUUGUGUCCUGGAAGAGGCCUUUCACUCUAGUGAUCUCUUUCUUCUCCUUGCUUUCGGUGCUCUGUGUCAUGCUCAGCAUGGCUGGCUCUGUGCUGUCCUGUAAGAACGCCCAGCUGGCUCGGGAUUUCCGCGAGUGCUCCAUGGUGAGAUUCGAGGAAGGGAAGGUGUGCGUGUGCUGCCCCCCUGUCCCCUUACUCCGGCCUUGCCCAGAGUCAGGCCAGGAACUGAAAGUGGCCUUUAACUCUACCUGUGACGAAGCUCGAGGGGCUCUCAAGAACCUACUCUUCAGCGUCUGUGGGCUCACCAUCUUUGCUGCCAUAAUAUGUACCCUCUCUGCUGUUGUCUGCUGCGUCCAGAUCUUCUCCCUGGACCUCGUGCACACGCAGCUGACCUCUGAGCCCUCAGUCUCAGGCCCGCUGGGCCCGCUGGCCUGCACAUCUUCGCCUCCAGCCCGUCUCCUGCACACCAUGCUGGACUUGGAGGAAUUUGUACCGCCUGUGCCCCCACCACCCUACUACCCCCCAGAGUAUACCUGCAGCUCAGAGACAGAUGCACAGAGCAUCACAUACAAUGGUUCCAUGGAUAGCCCAGUGCCCCUGUACCCUACUGAUUGCCCCCCUUCCUAUGAGGCUGUCAUGGGGCUGCGAGGAGACAGCCAGGCUACUCUGUUUGAACCGCAGCUUCAUGACGGCUCCUGCGUCUGCGAACGCGUGGUCUCCAUCGUCGACGUGUCCAUGGACAGCGGCUCCCUGGUGCUGUCGGCCAUCGGCGACCUGGCGGGCGGCUCGAGCCCGUCGGAGGACUCGUGCCUGCUGGAGCUGCAGGGCUCGGUGCGCUCGGUGGAUUACGUGCUCUUCCGCUCCAUCCAGCGCAGCCGCGCCGGCUACUGCCUCAGCCUGGACUGCGGCCUGCGGGGCCCCUUCGAGGACAGCCCCCUGCCGCGGCGACCCCCGCGGGCCGCCCGCUCCUACUCCUGCUCGGCCCCCGAGGCCCCGCCGCCGCCCGGCGCCCCCGCCGCCGCCCGCAGCUGCCACCGCCUGGAGGGCUGGCCGCCCUGGGUGGGACCGUGCUUCCCCGAGCUGCGGCGCCGGGUGCCCCGGGGAGGCCACCGGCCCGCCGGGCCCCCGCCGCCGCCUGCCCCGGCCCGAGCCCCCGCGCGACGCUACAGCGACAGCUCAGGGUCCCUCACCCCCCCGCCCGGGCACCCCCGGCCGCCGCCGGCUCCCCACCCGGCGGCGCCCCCGCCCCAGCCGCCGCUGCUGCCCCGGUCCCACAGCGACCCAGGCAUCGCCACGUCCAGCCACGCCGCUGACUUCAGGGACCUUUAUACCAAAGUGCUUGAGGAAGAAGCUGCCUCGGUUUCUUCUGCAGAUACAGGGCUCUGCUCUGAAGCCUGCCUCUUCCGCCUAGCCCGUUGCCCUUCCCCCAAGUUGCUCCGAGCCCGCUCAGCAGAGAAACGCCGCCCUGUGCCCACUUUCCAGAAGGUUCCCCUGCCUUCGGGUCCCGCACCUGCCCACUCUCUGGGGGACCUGAAAGGAGGAGGCUGGCCAGGGCGAGGCCUGGUCACUCGUUUCCUCCAGAUGUCCAGGAAGUCCCCGGAUCCUACUGGGACUGGAACCCAUGGACAUAAGCAAGUGCCCCGGAACCCCUGGGGAAGACCUGGCCGGGAGAGCCUCCACCUUCGAAGCUGUGGGGACUUGAGCUCUGGCUCCUCGCUGCGGAGGCUCCUGUCUGGCCGCCGCCUGGAGCAUGGGACCCGCCCCCACAGCCUGAGCCUCAACGGGGGCACCAGGGAGACAGGGCUCUGAGGAGAUUCUCACCCCCCACCCCCCAACAGAUCCAAAUGAAUGCUGGGCCCUCAGGCACCAGCUGGUCGGGAGCAGCACCCCCCAGCACCCCCUCAUACUGGCUGGCAGACAAACCCGCUGCACGCCCUGCCUCUGGGGACUCCAGCUAUUGGAGGGCACUAGCCUCCGCCCUGGGUGGCAUGGGUGUUUGGGCUGUAGGGAGAAGAGAUGGCCCUGCUUACAGUAUUGGGAGAGAAAAGUAAAUCAGCUGCCUCCAGCAUGGUUUCCAGACUCGCUCCUUCUGAUCCUCAGGGACAUCGUGGUCAGCCAGCGCAGGCCUGGCCUAGGUGUUGACUUGCGGGGAAUUGGUGCCCGCGCAAAGUGGUGGUGAGGCAGGCAGUGAGGAAACACAGAAGUCCUGGUGGCCUCUCCGCUCUGCCACCUCGAGCUGCAUGACCUUGGGCAAGUUAUUUAACCUCAAUCGCCUGAUUCAUAGAAAUCCCGUGAAAAUGAAUGUAAAGCUCUUAACACACUGAGUAAGCCUUCAAUAAAUUUCGUUUUUCCCCUUC